CUCUGCCCCCGCGCGCGUCCCCGGCCCGCUAUGGCUCCGCUCCGCUUCUCGGCCAACGUGUCGUGGCUGUUCCCCGAGCUCCCGGGCCUCCCCGCGCGGCUCCGGGCGGCGGGCAGCUCGGGCUUCGAGGCAGCCGAGGUCGCCUGGCCGUACUCGGAGGCGCCCGAGGCGCUGGCGCGCGCGGCGCGGGAAGCGGGCCUGCGGCUGGUGCUGAUCAACACGCCGCCCGGGGACCGAGAGAGAGGGGAGAUGGGGCUGGGGGCCGUUCCCGGGAGGCAGGCGGCCUUCCGAGAGGGGCUGGAGCAGGCAGUGCUGUACGCCAGGGCCCUGGGCUGUCCCAGGAUUCACCUGAUGGCUGGCCGAGUACCCCAGGGUGCUGACCGAGGAGCAGUCAAGAGUGAAAUGGAGACAGUUUUUCUGGAGAACCUGAGGCACGCGGCUGGGGUCUUGGCUCAGGAGAGCCUCGUGGGACUGCUGGAGCCCAUCAAUACCCGCGUCACUGACCCUCAGUACUUCCUGGACACGCCCCAGCAGGCGGCAGCCAUCUUACGGAAGGUUGGAAGACCCAACCUCCAGUUACAGAUGGACUUGUUCCACUGGCAGAUCAUGGAUGGCAACCUGACAGGAAAUGUGCGGGAGUUCCUGCCCCUUGUUGGACACGUGCAGGUGGCCCAGGUCCCUGGCCGGGGGGAGCCCGACAGCCCCGGAGAGCUGAACUUCCCCUAUCUCUUCCAGCUGCUGGAGGAUGAAGGCUACAAGGGCUUUGUGGGCUGCGAGUACCAGCCUCAAGGAGACACAGUAGAGGGCUUGAAGUGGCUUCGUUCCUACUGGGAUAGGCGGGGCCGCCCCCGGGUUGGCCAGUGAGGUCCUGCCCUGCACCCACGUGCCUCUGUGGGACAGUGUGCCGAGCAUCCCGAUCUGAAUUAAAGACCACUGGCUGAACACUU